UAUAUAUAUAUAUUCCGCGGUGCAAUCUCGGCCAUCCAUCCACCCACCGCUUGAUCGUGGCCGUUCACUGUUAAAUGGACCAACCUAUAUAUAUAUAUAGGUGUUGAUCAGAUCAAAGGUGGAGGAAUAUCCAGAAAGAUCGAGAGAGAGCUUGGUGCGCUCUGACCCGGACACAGCCGCGACCCAAGAGAGAAACCCGACCGGAGUGACGCCUUCCGGCCACCGAUCGAUGACUCACGACCACCGAUAUCUUCCUCUAGUCGUCACCGUCACGGUACUGUCCCUAUCUUGAUCGUUUGUCGACUGUGGAGAUCGAAUCGACGCCGAGAAGACCAGACUGCUACGGUGAUUUCGUGGCUAUUUCCGGCGACUCCGGUCACCGAUUUGUCUGCAUGUGUGCACGGCGGCUUUUCCAGUGCUUCUUGGGCUGACAUUGAUAAUGUUCCUGGUCUUAAAACUUAGGGUGAGGCUUGAUCUUGUUGAAAGGCAGAAGUUGUAUCGAAUUGGAACGAAGAAGAAGAUUCUCGUCGUGGUAAUUUUCAUCUCUCUGCAGUACUUUUCUCUGCAAGACAGGAUUUGCUUGAAUGAAUAAUCUGCCUUCUAUUUGGUUGGAGAGUUACCCGAGGAACGGAAGGUUCGCGACUCUCGGAGUAUGUGAGAGGAAGCAUUGGAAUCCAGCAAACUAUCUGGAGCAGGACAGCCUCUGUUCAGGCCAGGAAACAAAAGGCAAUAGCAGAGGAGACUUCUGAGGGAGAGUCUUCUCAUGAUGAAGAUCCCACUGAGGCCACUGUUGUCUUUGCUUGCAAACGCGAUCGAGCUCAAUUCGUCGAAGAGAGUUUUGAAGAUGACGAACCUCUGGGAAUGCGAUUGGUCCGUCAAAGGACCACUGAUCCCUCUCGCCUAAGCGAGGCUGGACCCUCAGCCAAUGCAGAAGAGCCAACUCUCUUGCUAGGUCAAGCAUCAACUAACCCCGUGGCGCCUCUUCCGUCUCCCACAUCUACAGAGCAUCUGCAAGGUCCUACCAUUCUAAUAACAAUCUCUGAUGACGACUCCUCGGAGGAUGAAAGCGUGGAAAGCCACUCUGAGACUUCUGCCGUUUAUGAGGAACUGAUGACGACAGAGAUUCUCACGGCACUAGAGGUCCAAGAGGUGAAUGAGGUGGGGCCUCAUCCUCUUGGUGACCACGUACCAGAUAUUGACCCGACAGCUCGAAAGGAUUCUGUUUGUACCGAGGAGGUGGCUGCAAACGCUGAGGGUCCUAUCGGCGAGACAGUCGCCCCAGAGAUGGAAAAUGAUACUGACGGUGGUGGUGCCCCCCAAGUCUCGCGAAUAAAUGAGACAACCGUCGAAGCCGAGGGCUCUGUGCUUGAAUCUGCUCCACUUUCCCAUGGUGAGCCGCGAGUUGAGUUUCCAGAUUCUCCUGUAGCUGAAGGGACAUACCAACCUGUUGAAGAUGAAGAAACUGAGGAAGCUGUCCACCCUUUUGCAUUGGUGGUUCGUGAUCCUGUGGCGCUUCCGCCGCCUCCUCCUCCUACCAGAUUCGAGAGAUUGAUGAGGGUGUUAGAGGUAACUCCUCCUUCUGCUGUGGAUGAGGCUAAGAUGGUGCUUCACGAACAUCUGGGUCCUCGGGUAUUGGAGACUGACAUCCUCCCGCGAGUCUUGGAAGCUCUAAGGUAUCUUCGCCAGGAGAAGGCAUUGACCCUGCAGCAAUUUAGUGCCAUUGACGAUCUGCUGAAUGAACUUGGUGAGGCCCGCCAACUUCAACCGGCCGCGAACGCCCAGGCUCACGACACUCGAGAGGCUUUGAAUAGCCUCUCUCGAGAAAUGGACAUCUCUCGCGGUAUUUUAAAUGAGCGAACCAACCACCUGUAGGAACUACAAAUCCAAAGGUCCGACUUCAAACUUCGGAUCGAGAAUCUCCAUACUGGUUUAGCCUUUGUUGAAAACGCGAUUGCUACAGAAGAAGCCCAACUCGAUGAACCUUUGGCUGCUUCUGAAGAAAUGGGCCGCAACCUGGCCCAUCUCAGAGAAUGGGCCACUCAGGCCGAAGCUAGUGCUAUUGCGGCGAACCUCCGCGUGGAGGAACUUUGCUUGAAAUUGAGCUUUGCGGGCCAAUUUCUGUAGGCCCCCUCGAAAACCGUUCGGUCUCCUCACAUGCUAUUAAUCCUCUCUUUUUCACGAUUUAAGGCAUUAAUAACUCGUUGAAAAACAACGGUCGUGAAAAAAUAAUCUCGUGAAUAGAACAGUUACCUCCUCGAAAACCGUUCGGUCUCCUUACAUGCUAUUAAUCCUCUCUUUUUCGAGAUUUGGAAUCACUAAUCUCGAUUUACUGACAUCGGUUUUGAAAUUGAGCUUCAUCCAAGGGUGGGGAUUUGCCUGAAGUCCUUAUAAAUAGUUGUAUUUAGGGAAGGGAGUACUCACAACAACUUUUCUGGAAUAUUCAAGAAAUGGCGUUUCAGUCCUUGCUUCUUUUUCUCCUUCUUCACAAAUCUUCCCCUCAUGAAAUGACCUUUACCCUCUAAAUUUUAGGUUUUAUGGCAUAAUCUUAAGCCUGGGUUAGGCCUUAUGGCGUAAUCUUAGGCAACCCCUUGUUUCUCCUUCUAGAAUCCUGCAACUACAAUGCCAGGCUUCAGAUUGGUUUAGAAACGCGAGGGGGCUCCGAGUGUGGGAUCCACGAUCAUGCGAGAUCAUCUUUGUCAUAAUCCUACAAGCAGAGCGAAACCGAGAAAGGGAGGACGGCCACUCUGAGGUUCGUCUUUCCUCCUCUGUUUCCUUCCUUUUGGACCCGGCCCGUGUUGUGCCCUCCAGAUGGAAGGGGCUUUGGUUCUCACCUCCUUCUCCCCCUUUCUCUUCUCGAUAGAAUCUUGGAGGGAUGAGAAGGGAUGGACUCUUUGAAGGAAUGGGUUCAAGCUACAGAAUGGUUGUUCCUGUACUUCACGUCCAGCUAAUGGUGGUUACCAAGGCUAGAGGGGGUGCAGAGACUCAAGCUGAUAUUCGGUUCCUUCACUCUCUGCCCCUCCAGGAGAUAAUGGCGCGGCUCAACCCGGCGUUGGAUUCCAUAGCUGCUUACAAUUGAGGGGGCUCGGGGGCUCCAUUUUCUUUCACUGGAGUCUCCAUUUCUCAUGGAUAAUGUUGUUGGCCAAGCCUAUAUUGGAUUCCUCUGCCGCUUCCAUGUAAAGGGGGCGCAGGGGCUCCGUUACUCCUCUUUUUCCUUCCCCGAAGUCUGCCCCUCCUUGGGAUAAUGGUGCGGCUCAACCCGACGUUGGAUUCCAUAGCUGCUUCCACUUGAGAAAAGAUUCAGAAGAUAUCCGAAGAUUCCUGUUUUGUAUUCUAGCCACUUUUGACUUUGUAAUGAAUGUACUGCUUUUGGC